AUGGUCUUGGGUCAUGAAGGGUGCCGUCCCAAGGCAUUGAUAUACCGCGGACCUGCUGCCUGCGAAGAUUGCCCAGAGUCAAUAGCUUCGCGGCUCAAAUCCUCAGCAUCUCAUUUCGAGGUCAAAUUUGCAGGACCAAAUGAAGACAUCGAUAUUACUGCAGAAGCCUUGAAGGACGUACAACUAUAUGUUCAGCCAGGUGGCGGUGAUCUUGAUCCGGCGUGGGAACAUACCAAGAACUAUAAAAAGAUCAUUCGUGACUAUGUGUCGCAAGGAGGUCGCUACGCAGGGUUCUGCUUGGGAGCUUACCUGGCCGGCAACGAUCGUGGAUUUGACAUCCUUCCACCCGGCUCUAACGCAACCGACGAAAUUGAUCAACCGGGUAGACAGGUUCCAGACCAACGCGAUACUGUUAUUCAAGUUGAUUGGACCUUCCAAACAGGCAAGAGGAAAGGGGAGACGGAUAAAGGGCGCUGGGUAUAUUUCCAGGAUGGUGCUGUUAUUCAACUGUUGCAAGAGGGUUCUGCGACUAUUCUGGGGAGAUACUCAAGUAAUGGUGACAUUGCCGCCUCGGUUACACCUUUUGGUAAAGGUUGGGUUGGAGUUGUUGGGCCGCAUCCUGAGGCGGAUGAGCUUUGGUGUGAGUACUCCUCUUUCGUACUCUAA